AUGACUACUGAAAAGAUUACCUUCUUGUCCAACUGGUCUGUGCCUUUUUGCUCUAGAUCGUUGUGGCAGUCCAACAGUGUGACUGACUAUUCAUCACAGGNNCAUGCCACUCCUUACCACGCCCCUGUCUACCUUGCUCAAGCCAAGGGCUACUUUGCCGACGAAGGCCUCAAGGUUGCUCUUCUCGAGCCCAAUGACCCCAGCUCCUCGGGAAUUACCACCGACUUCCACUCUCUCAAGGGUAAACGCAUCGGCUACGUUGGCGAAUUCGGCAAGAUCCAGAUUGACGAGUUAACUUCGCACUACGGCAUGAAGCCCUCCGACUACACUGCCGUACGCUGCGGCAUGAAUGUCUCCAAAGCGAUCAUCGACGGCACUAUCGAUGCAGGCAUCGGUCUCGAGAACGUGCAAAUGGUCGAGCUUGCCGAGCAUCUGGCCUCCCAAAACAAACCCCGCAGUGAUGUGCAAAUGCUGCGGAUCGACGAACUUGCCGAAUUGGGCUGUUGCUGCUUCUGCAGUAUCCUGUACAUUGGCAACGAAACCUUUAUCCGCGAGCACCCAGCCAAAGUAACCGCGUUCAUGCGCGCUUGCAAGCGCGCCACUGAUUAUGUUUUAACCUCCCCUUCCGCCGCUUAUGAAGACUACAUCACCAUCAAACCCUCCAUGGCCACUACCCUCAAUCGCAAGAUCUUUGAAAGAAGCUUUGCGUACUUUUCCAAGGAUCUCAAGAAUGUAAGCAGAGACUGGAAAAAGGUCACCGCGUAUGGANAAAGACUUGGCGUGUUGCCUGAAGACUACACUCCCAACUACACCAAUGAGUUUUUGGACUGGGCGUUUGAGAGAGAGUCUGCAGACCCCAAGGAAGAUCAGAAGAAGAUGGUGCAGUUGCAGGAGAAGGUUGCUGAGGAAGGCGGGUUCCAUCGUCUGGGCGAGACGGAGAAGGGUUGUUUGGUUGAUGCCGCUCAAGCUUGUUUG